AUGAAUCAGCUGACGAAACGGCCGUUCGUAGUGGGACUCGGAGUAGAGCCCAACGCUAAACGUGAUAGCGUGGGAGGCUCUACCGUGUCCCCACGAGAUGUGCUGCGACGCAUGCGCUCUAGCGACAGCGAGUCAGCCAACGGCGACGACUGGCACACAGUACGUCAUAAGCGUCGUCGGCGGGGCUCGCGAGUAAAGCUUUUCGACGAAAGUCGGAAGCAAGGAGACUCCUCGGUCUCGUUGUCGAGUGACAAUGAGAGCCAAGAGAGAUCUUCAAGUUUGUGCUUGAGUGAGAGAGACAGUGUGUGUACUGUGAUCGCGAGGUGCGAACGGACAGGUUACUUGCGGUUGUCCGAAAGGACGAUAGCAAGAACCGCGGCCUGCGCAACCUCCAGCACAGUCAGUGACGUAGCCGAGGGAGAUGUGUUGCGAGGAGGCUCGGGCUCAAGCAUAGACGUCAGCGUAGACAGCGGCUAUGCGAGCCGAGUGAGUGUCGAUCGCAGCGAGAGAGACGCUCGUGUGAGAGAGUUGGAAGAAUGCGGACUCACUCUUGAGGAUGCGAGAGCUCGAGUCUUUGAGGAGGAGUUUUCUGUAGCUUGGCGAGAAGCUUACGAGGAAGCCCUCCUGGAAGCUCGAGCGAAGCUGCGGGACGAGUUAGCCACGCUAGAGCAUGAGCGGCGGCUGCAACGAGUCCGUGAGGAGGCGAGGGAGGCGGCGCGAGAGCAGGUACGGGUCGAGGCGAUAGAACAGAUGCGUAAAAUGGAGGAAGAGCGAAUAGGGCGAAAGCCAUGUUUGCGAGCCCCAGUCAAAACGACUGAUUCAGUUCGCCCAGCUACUCUAGACCAGCUGAGAGGCAGACCGUCUGUGUUCACGAGUGAUAUUGGUGACGCGGACAAAGAGUUGCUAGAGCCAGAGCGCGAAACGGUGCGACGCCGCGUCUCUUGGGGCAACUCUGGAGGUCGGCCGAGUAUGCAACGGAGCUGUGUGAGCUCGGGUGAGGAGUCGGAGGAGGAGAGUGGACAAGGAGAGAAGAGUGCGGAAGAGGAGUCGGAGGAGGAGAGUGAGAGGAGAGAGAAAAGUGCGUCGAGAAAGAGACGGAGACAGAGAGGUUUGCUGAGCAGUGACAGCGAGCUCGAAGUUAACUCGAGCUGCGAGUUUAACUCAGCGAACCUGACGUCAUCCGAACGCCGGAAAAGAUCAGCCGACUCGCUCAGGGCUUUGGAGUUCCUGAAGCAUUGGGAGCUCCAGUUCUCGGGCGAGAGUGAUCACGAGGAGACGGAGGAGUUCUUUGAUCGACUGUGUGAGUGCAGAGUAGCGUUAGCGGUGCCAGACCGCGAGCUGCUAGCGGUGUUGCCGUGCAUUUUCAAGUUGCAGGCAAGCCGCUGGUAUCGGGCGAAGAGAAAGAGCCUGCGAACAUGGGAGAUGUUCUGCCGGGCCUUUCGUCGCCGAUACAUGGUUCCGUAUUGUCGGGAGGAUUUGGAGGAAGAUCUGCGCAAGCGAACGCAGCACAGAGAAGAGAAGAUCGCGGCGUAUAUCGCGAGUCUUCAGUAUCUGGCUUCGCGCUUUCGCCGACCUCCAUCCGAACGUGAUUUGCUUCGUAUCGCAUAUCAGAACCUCCUUCCGGAAUACCGGAGAGCUAUUGGCGAAAAAUGCGUCAACAGCUGGGAAGAGUUGGAGAGGUACGGCCGACGCUGGGAGCGGCUAAAAGAGUUAGAUAGCCAUUACGCACCUCCGCUGCCAGCGGAGAAGAUGCGCGUUCCCGGUGCGGCGUACAAGGAGGAAGGAGAGACCCAGAGAGCCGCUGCAGUCGAGAGGACAGAGCAUGCAGGCCCUGGUGACGAGUUGCCUUCUAUCGAGGUUGAGGAGAGGACGAGUGAGAGAAAGAGAGCUUCAAUGAGGAGAAAGAGAGCUACCGUAUGGCGCGGCCUGGUGCGUCCGACCGCUAAUGCCGUGGCUCGAGGGGAGAGGCGAGGAGAUGGUACGUGCUUCACCUGCUGUAAAGUGGGGCACCGGGCAUUGAAUUGCCCGGAGAUGAUCUGCUGGGCAUGCCAACAAAAAGGACAUUCACGAAGGGAAUGUCCUGCGCGUAGGCAAUUGCCACAGACAUCAUGA